AUGCGCCUUUUCCACCAGUUCAUCAGCGUGUGGAACUCUACCCAAGUGGAACUCAAAGGUGAGUACUCUCCAGCCCGCGUGCUGGCGCUGAGCGAGUACACCAAGUCGACGCCAUGGUGGCGCAUCCUCGCAAUCAUCGUCUUCACGCCGUUGCCCUGCCUGACCUACAUCUGCCUCCCUGAGACUGUCAACCUCUCGGCCCCAUCGGACGGAAUGGCGGCCAACAAGACCUUCUUCGGCCGC